UAAAAAUGUUCUGUUAACUAGUUAGUUAUGUAAACGUGUUUUAUGUUUGUAAAUGAUUAGUAAGAAAAGAAAAAGCUCGUUGACGUGUCAAUUAAAGAGCUAACAACCCUUUAUUGGUAUUACGGUUUUGUGGCGGUAUGUCUCAGAGCGCGUAUCUGCCCGCGAGGAGCGUAAACACCGCCACUGACCGGCGGAAAAUGCGCAGCAUCAUCGCGGAAGAUUCGGAAUGGACUUUAGCUGAAGUUCCUUUACUAACAACACUCUGCCUUCAACAUAUAGUCAAGAACUUUGAAGAGAAGCCCAUUCUGGAUGAACUCACGGGCAGUCAUAAGUCUUAUGUUCUUGAGCGUCUGUCUCCAUCUCUUCCUCUGACUGUCAGCGCAAACCUCAUCGCUGAUGAGCGCUACUGGAGACGCUGCGUGGAGGCGCGCUGGGGUCCGGCUGACGUCACCGCGUACGGCAACAGCUGGAAGCGCAUGUUCUUCGAGCGUCACCUGGAAGGCAUCGUUGAACUUUUCAUCCCAGAUGUGACGGACAUCAGGACGGUCCUGGAGCUCGUGCCGCUGUGUCGAAACCACGUGACGCGUCUGAAAGCGUCUCAGUUGCUUCCGCCCAUCAAAGAGCCGUCGAGGUGCGACGAGGACGACGCCUCGGAUUGCGCCAGUGACGUGGGCAGCGACGGACCCUCCACGGAUCACUUUGAUUUCGGAAUUCUUCUAGACAAACUGGUGAACCUGGAAGAACUUCAUGUGAUGUACGGGGUGAAAGGCUGCGGUAUGAACUUCGAGUGGAACCUGUUUGAGUUCACCUUCAGAGACUGUGAAUGUCUGGCAAAAGCCCUGAAGUCCUGCAAGAGCUUAAAGGUGUUCGGGCUCCGGCGCAGUAAAGUGGAUGAUGAGAAGUGUUGCAUCCUCGUGAGUCACCUGCUGGAUCACCCGUCUCUGCUGGAGCUCGACCUGUCACAUAACCACAUCGGCGACCGCGGAGCCAGAGCCGUCGGCAAACUUCUGAACCGCAGUAAGCUGCAGAAACUCACCGUGUACAACAACCGGAUCAGAGGUCCUGGAGCUCAGGCGCUGGCUCACGCUCUCGCCAGAAACACCACGCUGACGUCCCUCAACCUGAGACUCAACCGCAUCUCCGACGAAGGGGGUCAGGCUGUAGCUCAGGCUCUGAUGAAGAACGAGACGCUGGCGGAGCUUCACCUGGAGGGAAAUGAGAUGACGGAACCCACGGCCGUGGCGCUGUCUCGAGCGCUGGUGCAGAACUCCACCCUGAAGACUUUAAACCUGGCCAACAACAGACUGGGAGUGGACGGUGGUAAGGUUCUGGAAGAAGGGAUGUCCCACAACAGCAGUCUGGUGGAGUGUGACAUUCGGCUGACCGAUGUGGAUCAGGAGAGUGAGUUCUGCAUCACUCAGGCCCUGAGAGCCAAUCAAACCCACAAACAUCAUCCCAGUCCCACUGCCACACAACAUCCAUCAGCUCAUUAA